AUGGGUUUAAAAGCAUUUAACAUGAAAUUAGGAUAUCAAACAUUAUGGACUGAUAGUCAAAUUGUCAUAGAAUGGUGCCAAUCGGAUAAAUUGCUUCCACCAUUCGUAUCUAGACGAGUUGAGGAAAUAAGGAGUAAUAAAGAGCUCAUGAUUAAGUAUGUUCCUUCAGAGUUGAAUCCGGCAGAUAUUGCAACCAGACCGAUGAGUUCCAACGAAGACAAGGAAAGAUGGCUUACAGGUCCACAGUUUUUAUCAGAAUCCGACAAACAGAAAACGCCUGUGAAAUACAUGUCACAGUCAUUUUUUCUUUCGACGCGGGAGGGUCUGCCGAAUACCUCUAAAGAAAAGGAUAGUAAUCUAGAGCUACAAAACAACUUCUCAGGAGAAAGUAUUGGAGCCAAAGAAGAUAGCAGAACUAGUUACAAAGAAUCGCUUUGUAUUACGGAAACAAUAAAGAAGCUACAAGCAGAAUACUUCACUCAGGAAGUUGCGGGGAAAGAAACGGAUUUAAGUCGUAAUCUCAAGUUAUUUAAGGAUGUUGAUGGAUUACUACGGUGUAAAGGACGUCUUCAGAAUGCAGAACUAUCGUUUGACAAACGGUACCCUAUAUUGAUACCUAAGGAAUGUGACUUUACGAAUAACCUUAUAAAGAAAGUUCACAAUGAUAAUUAUCAUGUAGGAGCGAAUCAUACACUUAGUCUCAUCAGACAGUCAUAUUGGAUACCAAAGGGUAAAUCUCAGAUUCAGAGGAUAUUGAAGAAAUGUCCAAGGUGUAUUAAACAUGGAGCGGGUCCAUUUAAGUUACCACCUACUCCAGCGCUUCCUGUAGAAAGAGUAGGUUACAGCGAACCAUUUACCUUUGUAGGGGUAGACUAUAUGGGUCCUGUUCUUGUCAAGAGUGGACAAAAGAGAUGGAUCUGUUUAUUCACUUGUUUAGCGGUGAGAGCUAUUCAUUUAGAAUUAGUGCAAGAUCUUACAGCGGAGGAAGGUUUAUUGGCGUUGAGAAGGACAAUAGCAACCAGAAAGGUCCCUCAACUCAUUACAUCAGACAACGCGACACAUUUCAAACUUAUAGCAGAGAUUCUCUCGAAACAAUAUUGUAUUGACAACAAAAUUCAAUGGAAGUUCAUACCUCAGUUGACGCCCUGGUUUGGUGGAUUUUACGAAAGAUUGAUAGGGAUAGUUAAGAAUUGUAUGAAGCGUACACUAGCAAAGCACAUGCUUUCAGAUAGUCAACUAACUACCGUAGUCAAGGAAAUUGAAGCUGUAAUAAAUUCAAGACCGCUUACAUGUGUAGAUUCAGAGUUGGAUAUAAUUCUAAAACCAGCUGAUUUUCUUACACUAGGAAGUUGUAUCACUAUAGAAGGAACUGUCGGAGAUUGUCUAGAGAAAGGUACUACGAUUAAAGUCGAUCUUAUAAAAAGUUGGAAGAGGGGUCUCAUCAUCGUAAGAGAAUUCAAAGAUAUGUUUGUUAACAGAUAUUUACUAAGUCUCCGAGAAAGGUAUCAGCACUCACAUAAAGAGCCACGUGUCACAUCGAAACAGUCUCCGGCGAUAGGACAGAUAGUGCAAAUAAAAGGAGAAAAUAAAAAUAGAGAAACCUGGAGAGUAGGAAAAAUUGUUUCACUGAAAGAAGGAAGUGAUGGUUUAUGUAGAGUAGCCAUAGUAAAGGUUGGAGAUAAGAAUUUCACACGGUCAAUAGCGCAUCUGUACCCUCUAGAGGUUCAAGAGUCAGAGGAAGACAUGGAAGAAAGAUUUAUAAGAGAUGAUACUUCGAGUGAGCUUGCUUCUGCCACUUUAGCCGAGCCUUUGGAAGAGAGUACCGACAGACAGAUAACUAUCUCAGAGGGGAUAGCUCAAGAAGAGAACUCACCUAUGAUGCAAAUAGACGAACCCAUUCAGGAGACAAUGGAGUGUGAAACCUUAGAGAGUGAAAGUAGAGAAUCUAUUGGGGAUGUUAUUGAUUCGGAGGAAGUCGGGACACUAGCGAGAGACGAGGAGAAGGAAGAAGUUGGUAGAGUGGGUAGAGUGAGGAGAGUUGCGGCCACUAAAGCCCUACAGAGGAUUAAAGAGUGGACGAACAACUUAUUAUGCCUAUUUUGAUCUAUUUUCCGGCCGGGAGUGUCGCGAAGUUACCCAUUCGCGAAGUAAUCAGAAUAAAGUUACUCAAAAUGGUUGCUGCGGCUCGAAAUGGCGAGGCACCGAGCACGUGGAUUAAACCCGUUCCAGUGUUCGUGUGGAUGGUGAAGUCAAAGCUAAGUACCUAGGCUAUUUCAUAUUUAGACCAUUUUCUAUGUGUUAGAUAUUCCCGGUUAACCUGUAGAUAUAAAAGUCCCACGUGUAAUGGUUGCGCACCCAUUGUUAGUUUGUUAGUGGACAGAUGUGUGUACCUCUCUUCACAGGCCAUUGGGACUGAGUUAAAGUAAAUUAUGAAAGAGGUCAAACCGUCGAUCGGCAAAGACGACAGGCUAGGCGAGGUAGCGAGAGGGCAAUCAGGCACUCCAUGCACCCAGGACCCGGAAGCCUAGAGUAUCGGCGAAGACGUCAGGCUAGGCGAGGUAGCGAGAGGGCAAUCAGGCACUCCAUGCACCCAGGACCCGGAAGCCUAGAGUAUCGGCAAAGACGACAGGCUAGGCGAGGUAGCGAGAGGGCAAUCAGGCACUCCAUGCACCCAGGACCCGGAAGCCUAGAGUAUCGGCAAAGACGACAGGCUAGGCGAGGUAGCGAGGGGGCAAUCGGGCACUCCAUGCACCCAGGACCCGGAAGCCUAGAGUAUACAGCACGCGCUAUGAGAAGGACGGUACAGCCAAGGUAGACAGAGAGGGCGUUAGACUCGCUCAGUAGCGCGAGGUCAGCCGGGCAUUCUGUCACCAGCUGUGGUUCCGAGGAACCAUGGCCAGCCGAAGUAACCUUUAAACCAGUGAAUAGAAUAUAUAUUGGAGGGUCCCAAUCGCUGGGUGAGAGAGAGAUGCACACAUUCCUAACCUAUAGAUACCAAGAUAGAGAAUUGCCCCAUGGUCUAGGUCUUAGAGAUUUCACCUACGGUGAAAUCAUAGUUUGUGUAACCCUACAGGUCACUGAGAGACGAGCUGGAACAGUCUGAACGAUGCAAGGAAUAGAAAGGACGUACGGGGGUCGACAGUGAACGACCGACCUACAAAGAAACAGAUAAAGGUGAGCGUGACUCCUAUAAUAUGUACGAAUUCGGUAACCCCUCUCACUUCUGACGAAUAGUAUGGUUCAUAUAAAGAGAAAUAAAAGGCGAAGCAGAUGAAGUGGAAGUUAGGGGGGUUCC